UCCAUCACACCUCAACCAUCUCCUCCUCCUCGUCGUCGAUCCUCCUCCUCAUCCCGCGUCUCACUGAAGCACCCGACUGCCAGUACUGUACUUCCGACUGCCGCCGCCGAUCGAGCUAGCUCCGCCAGCCAAGACUCGACGAGACUGAUCGGAUCAUGAGCACCUACCUCACGCCCUUCACCCCUCUUCCAUCGCUCUUCGACGGCCCAGCAGGUGCCGACGACCACUCCUCCCUCCUCGCCUUCCUCAUGAACGACGACCUCGCCGCCGCGCCCGACGCCUUCCCUUACUACGGCGCCGCCGAGGCCGCGCCAGCCUUCUUCGGACACGCCGCCGCGCCGUUGCCACCGCCACCAGCGGAAAUGACUGGUCAAGGAAGGAAACGCGGCUUCGUCCCCGCGGGAGACGACGGCUCGUCGCGGCCGCAGGCGGUCAGGAGGAAGGUGCAGGGCUCGCCGCCCACCUCGCCUGCCCACAGCGGCGGCGACGCAGCACCAGCGGCAAGGAGCGGGGGCCGGCGGGUGUGGGUGCGGGAGCGGAGCACGGAGUGGUGGGACCGCCUCAGCGGCCCGGCGUGCCCGGACGCCGAGUUCCGCCAGGCCUUCCGCAUGUCGCGCGCCACCUUCGACGCGCUCUGCGACGAGCUCAGCGCCGCCGUCGCCAAAGAGGACACCGCGCUGCGCGCUGCCAUACCCGUGCACCAGCGCGUCGCGGUCUGCCUCUGGCGCCUCGCCACCGGGGAGCCCCUCCGCGAGGUCUCCCGCCGCUUCGGCCUCGGCAUCUCCACCUGCCACAACAUCGUCCUCCAGGUCUGCGCCGCCCUCACCGCCGUCCUCCUGCCCAAGGCCGUCCGCUGGCCGCUGGAAUCCCCCGCCUCCAGGUUCCAGGCCAUGUCCGGGAUUCCCGGCGUCGUCGGCUCCGUGUACACCGACCACAUCCCCAUCGGCCCACCCAAGGACAACGUCGCCGAGUACUACAACCGCCGCCUCACGGAGCGGAACAACAAGGCCUCCUAUUCCGUCGCCGUGCAGGCCGUCGUGGACGCUGACGGCGCCUUCACGGACGUAUGCAUCGGCCUCCCUGGCUCGCUGUCCGACGCCGCCGUGCUCGAGAGGUCCGCGCUGCACGCCCGCUGCGAGACCGGCAUGCUCGGAGACGACCAGUGCCGGCUGGUGGGCGGCGCGAGCUACCCGCUCACGGACUGGAUGCUCGUGCCGUACGCGCACCAGAACCUGACAUGGGCGCAGCACGCCUUCAACGAGCGCAUCGCCGCCGCGCACGCAGCAGCACAGGGCGCCUUCCAGAGGCUCAAGGGGCGGUGGCGCUGCCUGCAGCGCCGCACCGAGCCCAAGCUGCCGGACCUCCACAACAUGAUCGGUGCCUGCUGCGUGCUGCACAACUUCUGCGAACGCAGCGGCGAGGAGCUCGACGCCGACAUCCAGUCCGAACUCUCCCAGCAGGACGAUGCCGGCGUGGUCGCCGCUGCCAAUCCAGUGCUGUCCGCAGAGGCCGACAAGGAGCGGGACAGGAUUGCUCACGACCUCCUCCAUGGCGGCCACCCCAGCGUUACAUUCCUCUAGGGGCCUGUUCGCCGUGUCAAAACGCGGGCUUCUGUAAUGUGAUGAACUACUGAUCUUCCAUGAAAGCAUAGGAAGAAUCCCAGUUCAGAACAUACAGCUUUCGAAUGGGAUUAGGACUAUUUUUUUCAUGCUUGUUCCAAGAGAUAUUUAGAAGGCACUGACAAUGAUAUCAGAAAACGUAGCGCAUUCAAAUCUGGUGUAAGUAUCAUAAUGUGGAAGGAAUUCACAAUAUCCA